AUGGAACUUUAAAAAAGCUCUAAGAAAACCUAAAAUUUUGACAAUUAAACUAGAAGCAAUAAUCAAUCAAAGAUUAAUGAAAUGGAUGUUAAUCGAUCAGGGAUCGUAGCUAGGGCUCAUCAUCAAAAGAGAAAUCAACCUAAUGCUGACUUGAAUCUACUUAGUGCCUAAGCCAAAAGUCACGAUUAUGAGUAGACAUAAACUAAUGAUGAUAUCGACAAUUUGAUAUAACUGAAUGAAGACAAAAUCGGAUAAGACUGCGAAGAUAAUGAUUAAGAAGAGGAUGAUUAUUAAUCAGAUUAGUAAAGCCAUAAUGAGGAAGAGGAAGAAUAUCAAUAAGAAGAAGAAGAUGGGAGAUCGAAUUUUGUAAGGCAGCAGUAUUAUUAGCAAUUUUAUCCUUAAUAAUUUGGGAAUGUUAAAAUGAUCACAAUCUGUGGUUACUUGGACUCUCUAUAAACAUUUAUUGGCUAAUCACUUAACAAGCAAAAUAUUCUUUUAAAAGAUCAAGAUAAAAAAGAUUUUACGAAAGUCUUUGCAUAAGUGCCUAAGAGAAAGCCAUAGAUAAAAAAUUUUGUCGAAGAUGAUCCAAGAUUAGGGAAAAUACAAUAGAUAGUUUUGGAUAAGAUAUUUGAUAAAACAGAAGUGGAUUAAAAAAGAAAUUUCAUCUCGAAAUAUAAAGUAUAAGGAAAAGAUUAUGGAUAGAAUAUGGUCUAAUAAUAGCAAAAGUAGCUCAAAGAGAUUAUAUAGAAAUAUACUUAGAUUUAGCAAGUUGGUGAGAGAUAGUAGCUGUCAUAUAAUUUGUUAGAAAGCAAUAGUAAGAAACAUAAGUAUCGAUAAGUGAUAAAUGCUAAUAACUGGAUUUAUGAAAAUGAAAUUAUUCCAGAAGACCCAAAUAUUGCAAAGAGAAAUUAGUCUUAAUUCUUCAAUAAGCGACAUAUAACAUCUGAAAAUAAACAAGUAAGCUCUCAAACUGAGAUUAGAAGGUAUACUUCAUAAGGUUCAAACAUAAAUGAUAGGAAAUUGAUUCAUGAUGAUUCAAAUCUUGGUUCUGAUAAGUAAAACAAUGUAAUUACUUAAGCCACUUCAUCAUCCAACUGUAAAGACUCAGACUAUCAAAUUUCUUAGCAAGAUUAGCAAAAAUAGACAACAAAUGAACUCUUAAGCAAAAACACUUCUAAUAAAAGUAUUUAAAUCAAGAAUAAUAAUCAUGUACCGAGAGUAUAUCAGUGA